UCCUCUGUCGCUCUUUGCUUUUCUAAUGCCUUCUCCCCAUGUUAUUGGCGGCCUUCUGCUUAUAUUCUGGAAGUAACCAUUCCAUUGCUGCCAUAUGGCCAUACGAAUUCAGUGGUUUCUUUUCUAUGAAGGAUCUAUGGAAUUCAAACUGUGACCAAUUAUAAGUAAAGCUUGGAAGCUGCUGACAACCAAUCCCAGGAUUGAUUACAAAAGAAGAAGAUGUAGAUGAACUGCGCCUACGUUAGUGCCUACCGACGCCACGGAUGUGUGCUGUACUAUAUAUAUUGUCUUUUUGCAAUGACCACAAAGAUGGGUGUAGAACCUGUUGAUCCAAUCCGUGAAGAGAGGGCUGGCAAAGUUCGGGAAGUUGGUUCUCAGGCUAUAUGGAGCUUAUCAUCAUGUAAACCAGGUUUUGGUGUUGACCAAUUGCGUGAUAAUUGUACGGAAACCUACUGGCAAUCUGAUGGACAAUUGCCACAUCUAGUAAAUAUUCAGUUUCGAAGAAAGACAACUGUUCAUGAUAUAUAUAUUUUUACAGACUACAAACUGGAUGAAAGCUACACUCCUAGCCGUAUUUCAAUCCGUGCUGGCACUAAUUUUAAUGAUCUUCAAGAAGUUGAAGUGAUCGACUUGAAUGAGCCUACUGGUUGGGUCCUCAUACCACUUAAAGACAUUCAUGAAAAACCAAUAAGGACAUUCAUGAUUCAAAUAGCAGUUAUUAGCAAUCAUCAAAAUGGAAGAGACACUCAUAUGCGACAAAUUAAGAUACACUCUCCGAUACAGUGUAGAGGAAUUGGAAUAGAAGAAUUUGGAAACUUUGUGACUGUUGCUUGCCAACAAUAUAGCUACAUAAGAUGAAUGGAUUGAGUUGACAAAUGUAAAUCGUUUUAACACUUCGCUGACUGAAAUAUAUUGUAUUUUGUAUUGGUA